UAUCUCCUCAAAUCAUUUGUUGGGUAGUUGUCCCCAACCACCCGAAAAAUGCAUUCCAUCCCAACAUUUGAUUUCUUUUGCUCUGGGAAAACAUGUCAUGAGACACAAUCGAAUUUUAACAACUAUCUUAUUUUUUCUGUUUCCCAUAUAGAUACAAUUAUACAUUUCUCCUUUUGGUAGAUAAUCGUAUCAAUUAGAGGAGCGAAACAUUCUCACAAUCCCAUUACCCAUGAGGGAAUUGAUGGAUGAAUUUGGGUUCUCGUGGUGACAAUUCCUUUCAAGGAUCAAAGAAGAUGAAUUCUUUACAAUUAUAGAGCUUUUUGGGAUAAUCAAUUUAGAGGACGGAAAAUGUCUAUUCCUCAUGAGGGAAAUGCUGAUAGCAACAAUGUUUCAGGUUCUUGCCUCUAUGAACUUCUGCAAAUGGAAUCAUCUUCAAAUUGUAGUGGUCCUCAACCAGAUAGACGAAAGCAUUCUUCGAGUCCUCGACACAGACUACAGAGGCUGUUGAGUGAAUCUGGCAAUAGAUUCUGUGCAGAUUGUGGAUCUCCUGAUCCAAAAUGGGUAUCUUUAAGUCUUGGAGUUUUUAUAUGUAUCAAGUGCUCCGGAGUACAUCGAAGCCUUGGAGUGCACAUAUCGAAGGUUCUGUCAGUGAAGCUCGACGAAUGGACAGACGACCAAGUUGAUAGUUUGAUAGAUAUGGGUGGAAAUAAUGCAGCAAACUUGAAGUAUGAAGCUUCCAUUCCUGAUAGUUAUCGGAAGCCCAGACCAGAUGCAUCAAUAGAAGAGCGUACUGACUUUAUCAGGAGAAAAUACGAGCUGCAGCAAUUUCUAAACUCUGAUGUGCAGAUGAUCUGCCCCUUCCCACCAUCAUCAUCCUCACGCUGCAAUUCAUUAAGCCUUUCUUGUAGUUUGGCCCUGGAUAAGAGACAUUAUGAGAAGCAAUCCACUGGGCAUCGCAUCCAUGGCAUAGGGCAUGCAUUUCGUAAUAGCUGGAGAAGGAAAGAAUCUGAACACAGGAGCACCAAGAAAAGUAACUCAAUGGCAGGUAUGGUUGAAUUUAUAGGAUUGAUAAAAGUCAAUGUGGUGAGAGGGACCAACCUAGCUGUCCGUGAUGUGGUAACAAGUGAUCCUUAUGUAAUUCUCUCCUUGGGGAGCCAGUCAGUCAAGACGCGUGUCAUCAAGAACAAUCUUAACCCUGUCUGGAAUGAAAAGCUAAUGUUGUCAAUUCCAGAAAAUGUUCCUCCUUUGAAAGUGCUUGUCUACGACAAGGAUACAUUUACAACUGACGACUUCAUGGGGGAAGCUGAGAUUGACAUUCAGCCUCUUGUUACUGCUGCAAAAGCAUCUGAAAACUCAACACUCAGUGAAUCAAUGCUGCUUGGGAAAUGGAAAGCAAGCAAAGAAAACACUCUAGUUAAAGAUGGCAUUAUCAGUCUAAUAGAUGGUAAGGUGAAACAGGAUAUCACUGUGAAGCUGCAGAAUGUUGAAAGGGGAAUACUAGAGAUUGAGCUUGAAUGUGUUCCUCUCACACAAUAACAGGUGCAAGGGAAGGCUGAUGAAAAACAAUAUUCAAGCAUAUACAGUGGUGUAUUUAACAUGGUUAAUCCUUGGGCUGCUGUAAUGUACGAGAGGUCCUCUAUCUUAGCUACAGUGAAGCUUUUGGUUGCAUUAGAUUAGUCAAUUGCUUCAAACAUGGACGCGUAGAAGAAGGAAACACAAUAAACUGGCAAAGUGUCUGAAUUUCGUUACCAUUGCCAGAAUCUCUACACUAGGGUAGUUGCAAAAAGUGAAUUCUUCUUGUUAGAGGAUGCUCUUGCUGACAGGGCUGAGAUAGUGAAGGGUCGACUAUUUGGACGGACAAGUGUAAACUACGGUAGAAAGGCAGGGGAAUCCGGAAUCACACCAGCAUUCAACUUUUGAUGUCAUAUUAGACUUUUGAUAUAGCUAGAGCUAGAUAUUUCUUUAACCAACUGUAUGAUGUAAGAUAUCUGUUCCAACCAAAACGAGUACUUUUCUGGUUUUAUUAA